UGGAGGUAAAUUGACAACUUAGCCCUAUACCCUUCAUGAGUGGCCAAACAUCCAACCUCUCCUCUCUCUCCACCCUUAUUUCAUAACAAUUUUUUCAGUUUUACCUCCUAUUUUUCUUCUAUUUAAUAUUCAAAUCCCCAAAAUUCAAUAUUUUCCCAUCUCCAAAAUCCAAAUUCUAAACUCUAAAUCCCUUCUUAGCAUGCAAACUUGCCAAACAAAGAUAGAUUAGAUAUUUGAGAUAUAGGGAGAGGGGGCUUUGUUAUUUUUUAUAUUUUUCUUAUUUUCCAAUUUCCCCUAUCUCUCUUUCUCUCUCCCCCCCCUCUCUCUCUCUAUCAAGCAUCCAUUGAUUCUACAUACUAUAGGGCUCUUCAAGUUCAGAUCAGUGGGGUUUAUUAGUUCACAUAUCAUCUAUAGGGUUUUUCUAGGGUUUUCUGGGUUUUUUUGUUUCUGGGUCUUCUUCAUUUGCUUUUAGAUCUUUCAAUUCCCUCUCGUCAAUGUGAAGGUAUGAGCUGGUAAUUAGGGUUUCUGCAGGGACGCGAAUUCUCAGUUCUCUUGUAUUGGGUUUUUCUGUUGAAUUGUUUGGGGUAAUGUUUAUGUGCUAGGACGCAUUUAGAGGCGGAAAGUUGGGCUCUUGUUGGGUUUAGCGUUAGGGUUAGGGUUAGGUUUAGGGUUUGUGAAUAUGAUUAAACAGUUACUGGGUAAGCUACCUCGGAAACCAUCCUCGAAAUCAUCGCACAAUGACUCUAAUCAUGACGGUGCGGUCGCCCCUGUGAAUUCAUCUCAGGGACCCAAUUCGAAUUCAAUGGGUCCUGGUCAUAAAGCUAAUUCGGGUUCUGCGAAAUCUUCGAAUUCGAGUGCCAGUGCUUCUCGGUCGAACAAUGGGACACUGGCGCCGCAUUCCUCAAAUUCCGGUAAGACGAAUCACGGGAAGAAAUCAGCCGCCGUCGCUACUGUCGGACCGGUGUUAGCUUCUGCAGCAUAUGAGGCCUUGCCGAGUUUUCGGGACGUUCCCAACCCGGAGAAGCCCAAUCUUUUCAUUAGGAAGUUGAAUUUGUGUUGCGUUGUGUUUGAUUUCAAUGAUCCAUCGAAGAAUCCUAAAGAGAAAGAUAUAAAGCGGCAAACUUUGCUUGAGCUUGUUGAUUAUAUUUCAUCAGUGAGUUCGAAAUUCAAUGAAACGGCAAUGCAGGAGAUUACAAAGAUGGUGGCAUUGAAUUUGUUUAGAACGUUCUCGUCCUCCAAUCAUGAUAAUAAGACCCCAGAAAUGUAUGACCCAGAAGAGGAGGAACCUACUAUGGAGCCUGCGUGGCCCCAUCUUCAAAUUGUGUAUGAAUUUCUACUUAGAUUUGUAGCUUCAUCAGAGACUGAUGCGAAGCUUGCCAAAAGAUAUGUUGAUCAUUCGUUUGUAUUGAGACUGCUUGACCUAUUUGACUCCGAGGACCAGAGGGAGAGAGAGUAUCUAAAAACAAUACUUCACAGAAUUUACGGCAAGUUCAUGGUGCAUCGACCCUUCAUAAGGAAAGCUAUCAACAACAUAUUCUACAGGUUCAUCUUUGAGACUGAGAAGCACAAUGGGAUUGCAGAAUUGCUUGAGAUAUUGGGCAGUAUAAUUAAUGGGUUUGCAUUGCCUUUGAAGGAAGAGCACAAGCUGUUCCUUGUUCGUGCAUUGAUUCCCCUCCACAAACCCAAGUGUGUGUCAAUGUAUCAUCAGCAACUUUCGUAUUGCAUCACUCAGUUUGUGGAGAAAGACUUUAAGCUGGCUGAUACAGUGAUUCGAGGCCUUUUGAAGUAUUGGCCCAUAACUAAUAGUUCAAAGGAGGUUAUGUUUCUUGGUGAAUUGGAAGAAGUUCUAGAAGCCACUCAGCCAGCAGAGUUUCAGCGCUGCAUGGUCCCUCUUUUCCGGCAGAUUGGUCGGUGCCUCAAUAGCUCACAUUUUCAGGUAGCUGAACGUGCAUUGUUCCUGUGGAACAAUGACCAUAUAAGGAAUUUGAUCACACAGAACUGUAUGGUGAUACUGCCUAUAAUCUUCCCAGCUUUGGAGAGGAACGCAAGGAGUCACUGGAACCAAGCUGUGCAAAGCCUGACACUGAAUGUGAGAAAGAUAUUCUCAGAUCAAGACCAGGUGCUACUUGAUGAAUGCUUGGUCAAAUUUCAAGAGGAUGAAGCCAAGGAAAGGGAGAUACAGGAGAAGCGGGAAUCAACCUGGAAGCGUUUGGAAGAUUUGGCAGCCUCCAAGGCUGUAAGCAACGAGGCUGUGCUUGUUUCGAAGUUUGUUUCUUCUGUUGCCAUUUCUACCAGCACAAAUCCUCGAACUACUGCAGGUGCUUGAUGGCUGCUGCUUGAGCAAAUUGUGAGAAUUUACCCUGUAAGUCGUAGUUGAAGGAUACAGGGUGAGACCCAAUGGGUGCGGUAUAGCCAUUGUUAACCUUGCUUCCCUUGGGUUCUUAUAGGUUUAACUCCACCUGUCAAAUUUGAAAAGUGAAGGUGGGGUUAUGUGGAUAUUGAAGUGGCUUUUCUUUUCUUUUCUUUCCUUUUUUUUUUUUCUUUCUACUCCUUUGGUUCUCGUGGGCUCAUUCCCUUUUUCCUCUUUAUCAAUGGAGGUGUAAGUGUGUGUAUCAUAAGGGAUUUGGUUUAUAGAGGUAGUGCUGCUCCGGAUUUCCUACCUGAUAAUGUUUAUUUUGUGUAAUGAUGCAAAAAGAUUGUUCCCUUUGUACUUUUA